GCCCGUCCCCCUCCCUCCCGCCCGCCUUCAGUUCCGCUGCGGCUGGUUCCUGCGUCUGCUGCCGCUGGUUCCGCCGCGCUCCAGGUGUUUUUCUGAAGAAAAGUUGCCUCCUCAUAUGUAUCAAGAAUGGCUCUCCCUAUCAUUGUAAAAUGGGGUGGACAGGAAUAUUCAGUGACCACACUUUCAGAAGAUGAUACUGUACUAGAUCUUAAACAGUUCCUAAAGACUCUUACAGGAGUGUUGCCUGAACGCCAGAAGUUACUCGGACUCAAAGUUAAAGGCAAACCUGCAGAAAAUGAUGUUAAGCUUGGAGCUCUCAAACUGAAACCAAAUACUAAAAUCAUGAUGAUGGGAUCUCGUGAGGAGAGCUUGGAAGAUGUCUUAGGUCCACCUCCCGACAAUGAUGAUGUUGUCAACGACUUUGAUAUUGAAGAUGAAGUGGUAGAAGUAGAAAAUCGGGAAGAAAAUCUACUGAAAAUUUCUCGCAGAGUGAAAGAGUACAAAGUAGAAAUUUUGAAUCCUCCCCGGGAAGGGAAAAAGCUUUUGGUCCUGGAUGUUGAUUAUACAUUAUUUGACCAUAGGUCUUGUGCAGAGACUGGAGUAGAAUUAAUGCGGCCCUAUCUUCAUGAAUUCCUAACAUCUGCAUAUGAAGAUUAUGACAUUGUUAUUUGGUCUGCAACAAAUAUGAAGUGGAUUGAAGCUAAAAUGAAAGAACUGGGAGUGAGCACCAAUGCAAAUUACAAGAUUACCUUCAUGUUGGACAGUGCUGCUAUGAUAACAGUGCAUACUCCACGGAGAGGGUUAAUAGACGUAAAGCCACUUGGUGUUAUAUGGGGAAAAUUUUCGGAGUUUUACAGCAAAAAAAACACCAUUAUGUUUGACGACAUAGGAAGAAAUUUUCUAAUGAACCCGCAGAAUGGACUAAAGAUAAGGCCUUUUAUGAAAGCGCACCUAAAUCGUGAUAAAGACAAAGAACUUUUAAAAUUAACUCAGUACCUCAAGGAGAUAGCAAAAUUAGAUGACUUUUUGGAGUUAAAUCAUAAAUAUUGGGAAAGGUAUCUCUCCAAGAAGCAAGGACAGUAGUUAUGUGUCAUACUGGCAGUUAUUCAAGAUACCUGAGAUCCGUGGACUUCUUGCUUUAUGCUAGGAAUCAUUGUGAUAGUGCUGGACACUGAAGCAAAUACCUGACUGCUUAUACUUGGUCUUCCAGUUUUUGUAAAUUUAAUUUUAUAUUUUUUGAAGAUCAUAGCAAUAUGCUAAAAUAAAAGUUCUUUUUUCCCCAUGUGAAUAUACUAUUACUCUUUAAAAAUAUUUUCUCCAGCUCUAGCAUUGAUUACUUAGUUCUUACACACACACACACACACACACACACACACACAGAAAGUGGAGAAAAAUGUAUAUGCAACAAUAUAAUUUUGUGACUUUGGAAACAAGUUACAUAUUUUUGUCUCAUGUUAUUGUCUGACCAAGGCCAAACUCAUCUUAAAACUAGUGCUUUUUUCUUCAAAACAAAAAAAAAGUAUUUGAAUUUUUAAAAACCUAGUUUGUUAUUCUUAAAAUUACCAAGAAUUUUUUAUUCCUCCAUCAUACACAGAUUUUCUUCCGUGCCCUGCUAGUUACAUAUCAGAAUUCUGAACUCUCUGUUUGGUCUGUGUAUGUGUCAGUAUUCUUAAGGUAAAACUGGAAAGCGUCAGUUGUGAUACAGCUCAGUUCUAAUAAGAAAAACAGAAAACAAAAGCCUGAAGAAUAAAACUAAGGAACAAUAGUGUGUCUCUUUUUGAUGGCUAAGUGGAAACUCUUCUGCCCAAAACCAUUGUCAUAAAAGCACUGACAGGCAAUAAACUUUAAAGCAGGACAUAUCACUGAUUCAACCCUAAGCAUGAACAAAAAGUUUUUGUUCUGUUUCAGCUGUAUCUUGUCUAAGUGCUAACACUGUGUUUCAGUGAAAAUAUCUAGCCAUAAGAUUUCUGAAAACAUUAUUUGCAAUGCUUAAGCCUGCAGAUAUGUAAUGUGACCACUGUUUUGUGUUGACAGUAUUGCUUUAUACAGUUCUUGUAUCUGGAAGGAAUCGAUCCUUUUAAAUAAACAUGGUGUAUAUUGUUCUUA